GCUGAUAGAGGCGCCAGCACCGUGUUAACUAAGUUACAGAGUUACAGAGCCGUCCUCGAGACGCGGCCGCGACCCCCGCUUAAAAUGUGACACGCGCGUCGCCGUCGUCGUCGUCGUCGUCGUCGUCGUUUCUACGAGAGCGUGGAGAGUCGAGAGAGUGUACAUCGCGCACCAUCCGAGGCAUCGCUGGUGGCGCGGCGAGGCGACACAGAAUGCAGUUCUCGGCGGUUACGGUCCUGCUCGUGCACGCUCUUCUCGGAGCUGCCGCGACGGUACUCGCAACAGCAACUUCCGUUGCCGGCGCCGUGGAUCCACCGUCGGUGCGGCAACCUCUUCUUAAAUCAGAUUCAAAUUCGGACCAACUUUCGGAUCGGUGUGUUUCUUGUAGUAGACGCGAAGAGGCCAAGGCAAGAAACAUUCGGGCGAUCAAAGAUGGUAUUUUGAAGAAGCUGGGUUUUGAUCAGCCCGUUAAUUUAACGGGGAAAGUGCUGCCGCCGGUUCCGAAACAUCUCCUCGCCAAAUGGGAGGAGGAUUACAGGCAGUUUCAAAACGACCAAAUGGAGGUGGACUCUGGUUACGAGGAGGAUGAUGACUUUCAUGUCAGAACGGAGCAAAUCGUCACUUUCGCCCAAUCUUACCCCCACGUAAGACAUUUUAAGAGCCGCAACGUCUUGUAUUUUAAUUUAUCAUCGAGCAUAACCAAAUUUCGCGUCGCAAACGCAAGCUUAUACAUAUUCGUGAAAGGAACCGCGCGAAAAAUCCAACCGAUUAUCACGCUGGAAGUCUUCAAGUUGUACAAACAAGACGUUGACAGCUCCGUGAAGAUAGCCGCGAAGAAAAUCGUGCAACCCCAAGGACCCGGGGAUUUUUUCAAAUUAGACGCGACCGUUAUGAUUUCGGAAUGGUUCAAAAACCCCGAAGAAAAUUUUGGGUUCUUCGUCGAUCUCAUAAUUGAGGGGAAAAAAUCUUCGUUAGACGUGGAGCAUAAUAAAAACAUGCCCUACGCCGAAAUUUUUACGAGCGAACCAAAACGGCGAAUUCGACGUCAAAAUUUAAACUGCGAAGAGCGAAGCCCCGAAUCGAUUUGUUGCCGAUACCCGCUCCAAAUCGAUUUCGAAACUUUCGGUUGGAACUUUAUCAUAGCCCCGAAACGUUACGACGCUUAUUAUUGUUCGGGGGAGUGCAGCUAUUUAACAUUGCAAAAGAACCCGCACACGCACCUCGCAACGAUGGCCGCCCCGCAUGUGGCAACCCCUUGUUGUGCCCCCCGCAAGCUCAGCCCCAUCACCAUGCUCUAUUUCGACGAAAAUUCGAACGUUGUUUAUGGGAGUUUACCCGGGAUGGUCGUUGAUCGAUGCGGAUGUUCGUAACGAAUCAAAAAGUUUUUUUUUGGACGUAAAAAUUUGAAAUGAAAUGAAAUAAAAUAAAAUAAAACGUACUUAGCCGAACUUUAAUGAACUUAACGAUAAAGUGUGAGUUUAAUUAAAAAGAAACUUUAAAUGAAGUGAAGAAAAAAUUAAAAGUGAGGUUAGACUUAUUCGGACUCUGUACUGUGUAAUUAUAUAAUAUUGUAUGUGAUAAUAGCUAUUAUUUAUUUUUGUAACAAUUGUAAAAAGUAGGAAUAAUUGAUUAUUGUAACCUUUGUUUGUAAAAAAAUAUCUUCAUAAGACUGUCAAAAAUUAA